CAAAGAUAAAAUUGAUAAAGUUGUCAGAUAAAUGUGAUUAACCCAAAUAAACCAUCGUCAUAAGGAUUGGUAAUAUGUCAGAUAAUCCCUGUUUUUCGUAUUUCAAUGGCUGCGGAAAUAUCUUGGACCCAGAUGAAAACGAGGAACAAAUAGUACCAACACUCAAUCUUCUAAAUAUUAAUUACGAUAUAAAGCAAUAUGUCGGACCAUGGUGGAAGGGUGCUUGUUUCAGAAAAAGACAGACUAAGACAGUUUUAAGUAACAUAAAUGUACAAUUUAAAAGUGGAGAGAUGACCGCCAUAUUGGGAAGUUCAGGUUCAGGAAAAACGUCUCUUUUAGACGUUAUAUCGUCUAGAUACACAGGGAAACUUUAUGGUAAGGUCUACUUCAACAAUUACCUUUGCACCGCAGAUAUAAUUAAACAGUACGCUGCUUACGUCAUGCAAGCCGAUCGUCUGCUGCAUAACCUUACAGUUCGCGAAACGCUGAAAUAUUCUGGAAUUCUAAGACUUCCUGGAGCAUACAACGACAAAGAAAUCAAUGCUGAAGUUAAUCGCGUGAUAGCUGACAUGGGAUUAAAACACGUUGCAGAUUCAAAGAUAGGUGGCUCUGUAAUCAGGGGUAUAUCUGGUGGAGAAAGAAGACGUGUCACUAUUGCUAUUCAGCUUUUGCAAAACCCAAAAAUCCUGUUACUAGAUGAACCAACUACUGGUCUCGACAGUUGUACAACGCGCCACCUAGUUUCCAGUUUGUCGGACAUUGCCCACAAUGGAAAAAUAGUCAUUAUGACCAUCCACCAGCCAAGAUCUGAUGUAUUUAAAUUGUUUGACAAUAUAGGUCUCCUAAGUAUGGGAGAAAUAGUAUAUUUUGGAAAAGCUAAUCAAAUGGUAGAAUAUUUUGGGGAACUUGGAUAUCCAUGUCCAACAUAUGCAAAUCCGUUAGACCAUUAUGUUGAUCUUGCAAGUAUCGACAGGCGAGACCGUGAUUUAGAAGUUAGGACAUUUGCUAAAGUAGAAAAUCUCAUCAUGACCUAUACAAACUCGAUAAUCAAAAGAGAAAUGGUUCAGAGCAUAGAAAAAGAGACCCUGCGUCCAACGACAAGAAGAACAAUGCUCCACUUAGACCGACCACAUCCACCUAUUGUAUUCACUGUUAUGCUUUGUCUUAUAAGAAGGAUGAUGGUAAAUUUACGAAGAGAUAGAUCUAUAUAUUUGUCUCGUAUAUUGUUGUUGACUAUGUAUGUACCAUUUAUACUGGCUUUUCUUGGACGUCUAAAAGACAACCAGGAGUCCAUACAAGAUAGAAUGGGACUACUUUACCAGUCUACAAAUGUACCUUUAUUUGUUGCCGUCUUAGUCCCUGUGGCAGUCUUUCCUCCUAUACGAGAUCUGUAUUACAGAGAAUGUCGGGACGGACUGUAUUCAACUACAACAUUUGUACUGUCAUACAUUAUACAUAUGAUACCAUUUCAUGCUGUAGCAAGUUUAAUAUUUUCUUUGAUUGUUUAUUGGGUUACAGGUCUUUUUCCGUCGUGGGAGAGAUUUGGAAUAUAUUACGCGGAUGUAUUCGCCAUGCAUUUUAGUGGUGAAAUAAUGACCAUAGGAAUCAUGGGAGUAUUUUAUAGUGCACAAGUUUCUCAAAGCGUGGCGUCACUAGUUAUAUCAGCAACAACUCUGUUUUCCUCUGGAUUCAUCAGAACACUGCCAGAUAUUUUGCCAAUGUUUCAGUGGCUUAGUUGGGGCGUUGUAAUGAAAUAUAGUGCAGAAAUUGUAGUAGCUAAUGAAUUCCACAACCUCAAUAUCAGCUGUGAAGCAAACAAAGAAGGUGUUCCAUGUCUGUAUCCAAAUGGAAACAUGUAUCUAGACGAUUUUUAUCCGGACUCUUGGGAAAACAUGGAAAGGAACUUUUACGCUCUUGGUGGAUUUAUUGUGUUGUUUACUGUUCUGACUAUUACCGCAUUCAAAAUAAGAGGGAUACCAAACCUUCAUUAAUGUCAUUAUGAAGAAAAAUAUAAAAACUAUGAAAGGUAGAACCAAGAUAACAUGUAUCAUUAUUUGAACUCAGGGAUCUGUUUUGAUUUUAAUAACUAUUAUAAGAAGUGUUGUUUAAGAUAUUUUUCUUGACACAAAGAGGCAGUAAUACUUGUUAGUUUUUCUUUGAUCGUGUAUUUUAAUGAACUUUUGCAUAUGUUGUAAAUAUUGUAAAAAAAAAGUAAUCAAUUAAAGACAAAAUAAUUAAAAUAUUGAUAUAUUUAUUGUUAUAUAAUGUUAUAACGCUUAGUUAUUGUUAUUAAGUAUAAGUUAUAUUGUCUAAAUCUUGAGCUGCUUUUUGGUGUUUGUACUGAAAUCAGUGAACGCAUAUAGAUUUUUUUUAUUUCUGUUUUGUUUUAGUUUUUCAGACGACACUUGUCAAAAAAUUAAGCUAAAGUUUAGAUUUUCAAUUUUUUUCAGGUUAAAUCAAGAUACAUGCACGUUAUACAA